GUAAUCUGCCUAAAUCUAAACGUUGAUUACCUCCCUCUAUCAGGCAUGUGUGUUAUCAGUAGUCCAGCAGUAGGCCCUUUUGGCUCCAGUUCCAACUUCAGACAGCCUGCCUCAGCCCUGCGCAGUCAACCGUCAGCAGCGCCACUGGGUGCAGGGAUAUCCCGAUGAAAGGGGAGACUGUUCGGGGUGAAGAAUUCAGACGAGUUGACUGUAGAGCCAUCCGUCAUGAGGUGAAGCGGUUACCUAAACAACCAUCACUCAAAGACAAAAGACUCAGAUAUUGCUGCCAUGUGCCACACUCACGCCCGAAGCAGACGAAAAACUCAGCUCAUUAAAGACAUUUUGGCAACUUUCUACUUUCUGACCGAGGACACUUUCAGUGACUCUUGUCCAAGACUCACAGAGCUCCACCACCACAGUGUGUCCACUCAGACCCUGUCUUCAUCCAGCAGCCCCUUCCUCAUCCUCUCACAGGACUGGCUGUACUGUCAGUAAGGUUCAUUCACAAAUGUCUACCUCACGAUUAAAAGAGCCCUCUCCAACACUGCGACCCUGAACAGGAUACAAAAUGACCUCAAGCAUUGACCGGGAUGACAGCAGUAUUUUUGAUGGGUUAAUGGAAGAAGAUGAAAAAGACAAAGCAAAACGUGUGUCCCGUAAUAAGUCUGAGAAGAAACGCAGAGACCAGUUCAAUGUUCUCAUCAAGGAGCUGGGUACCAUGUUGCCGGGCAACACCCGGAAAAUGGACAAGUCCACUAUUUUGCAGAAGAGCAUCGACUUUCUGCACAAACACAAGGAAAUCGCUGCUCAGUCAGAGUCAACUGAGAUCAGACAAGACUGGAAGCCUCCUUUUCUUAGUAAUGAAGAGUUCACUCAGCUGAUGUUGGAGGCGUUAGAUGGAUUUUUCCUUGCAAUUAUGACUGAUGGGAAUAUAAUCUAUGUCUCUGAGAGCGUGACCUCUCUACUAGAACAUUUACCUUCUGAUCUUGUUGAUCAGAACCUGUUGAACUUCCUGCCCAUGGGGGAGCAUUCAGAUGUGUACAAGGCUCUGUCCUCUCAUAUCAUGGAGGGAGAGACGUUGACACCCGAAUAUCUUAAAACAAAAAAUCAGCUAGAGUUCUGUUGCCACAUGCUCAGAGGGACUAUCGACCCCAAAGAGCCCCCUGUGUACGAAUAUGUCAAGUUCAUUGGAAACUUCAAGUCCCUGAAUAAUGUGCCUAACUGUACCCGAAACGGUUUCGAAGGAGUGAUCCAGCGGUCACUUCACUCUGCCUUUGAAGACAGAGUUUGUCUCAUAGCAACUGUGAGGCUAGCCAAACCACAGUUUAUCAAGGAGAUGUGCACUGUAGAAGAGCCUAAUGAGGAAUUCACCUCCAGGCAUAGUUUAGAGUGGAAAUUUCUCUUCUUGGACCACAGAGCUCCACCUAUCAUAGGCUACCUCCCGUUUGAGGUCCUGGGUACAUCAGGAUAUGACUACUAUCAUGUAGAUGACCUGGAGACACUGGCCAAAUGCCAUGAACACUUAAUGCAAUAUGGCAAAGGAAAGUCCUGCUACUACAGAUUCCUCACAAAAGGGCAGCAGUGGAUCUGGCUUCAGACCCACUACUACAUCACCUACCACCAGUGGAACUCCAGACCAGAGUUUAUUGUCUGCACACACACUGUUGUAAGUUAUGCUGAGGUAAGAGCAGAACAGCGUAAAGAACUUGGAAUUGAAGAAUCGCCACCUGAGAUCACAGCAGACAAGUCCCAGGAUUCGGGUUCUGAGUCCCAGCUCAACACUUCCAGUCUGAAGGAGGUUUUAGAGCGCUUCGACCACAGCCGGACGCCCUCGGUCUCGUCUCGCAGCUCCCGCAAAUCAUCACACACCGCUGUGUCUGACCCAGCCUCAUCACAGAUGAAACUUCAGGGAGAUCGGAGUACACCGGGUCGCCAGUCUGUCUCUGCUGUAGAGAUGACAUCACAACGAAGAUCAUCUAUCAGCAGUCAAUCGAUGAGCUCCCAAAAUACAGGACAGAACAUGACUCCAUCCAUGGUUUCUCAACAACAGCAGCAGCCACAGCAACAGCAGCAGCAACAGCAGCCUCAACAGCAACAACAAGUUCAGAACAGCGGACAAUCAAUGGUGCAGUUCUCUAGACAGUUAGAAGCCAUGCAGCACCUGAAAGAGCAGUUGGAGCAGAGGACCAGGAUGAUUGAGGCCAACAUCCAGCGGCAGCAGGAUGAGCUGCGGCAGAUCCAGGAGGAGCUGCAGAGGGUGCAGGGACAGAGCCUGCAGAUGUUCUUGCAGAAAGGAGGAGGAUUAAAUCUUAGCUCUGUUCAGAUGGCCCAAGGGAACGCUGUGCAACAGGGGGGAACACUCAGCAUGCAAGGCCAGGUGGUCUCUGCAGGGCCUCUACAGAACAGCAUACAGCAACAACAUGCUGUCCAACCCCAAUCCCAGCAACAAACACUCCUACGGGAACAGAGCACAGCACUCUCACAGUCUCAACGGUCAUCUCUCACUCUGCAGCCUCAACAAAAUCCACUGCCUGUGUCUCUCUACAACACCAUGAUGAUCCCUCAGCAAAGCCCUACUAAUGUGGUCCAGAUUGCCACUAGCGUGGCACAGAAUACUGGACCUAACACUCCUGCAGUGGCAACAUUUGCACAGGACCGAACUGCUCAGAUUAGGUUUCCUGCCGGUCCUCAGCUCCUCACCAAGCUAGUGACAGGACAGAUGGCAUGUGGGGCAGUCAUGGUCCCCACAACCAUGUUUAUGGGCCAAGUGGUGACGGCCUUCGCUCCUCAGCAGGGCCAGACCCAGACAAUCAGCAUUUCCCAGCAGCCGCAGCAGCAACAGCAGCAACAGCAGCAACAGCCGCAGCAACAGCAGCAGCCGCAGCAGCAGCAGCAGCAGCCACAGGUCACAGCCAUGCAGCCAGGGCAGGCUCCACUGGCCCAGCAGCAAACACAGUUCCUACAGGCUCCUCGGCUUCUUCAAGGAAACCAGUCCACCCAGUUGAUCCUGCAGGCAGCGUUCCCUUUGCAGCAGCAAGGUACCUUCACUGCCACAACCCAACAGCAGCAGCAGCAGUUACAACAGCAACAACAGUUACAACAACAACAGCAGAAGCAGUUACAACAGCAAAAACAGCAACUUCAACAGCAACAGCAACUAUCCGCUCACAGAGCAGAUAGUUUGUGUGAUCGCUCCACUACGCAGCCACAGUAGCUGACUACAGCCAAUCAGAAGUGGAGUGAGCCAAACCCAGGCAUGUACGUUUUUGUGACGGGGUCAAACAGGAGCUCUGCUGAAAGUGCAGCACCGAGACCAUGCCUCAGAGGCUCAGAAGUGAUUGGGUGGGCAGGCUGUGGCUUCCAUCCCCUCACAAGGAUCUUUUGCUGUUUGCACUUAACUCCAGAGCACAAGAGCUGCAGAGAACCCAGGACUGGGCUGGCUGUGGUUCUGGCAGUCGGCUUUGGCUCUGGGUCAAAGCCUGUUCUCCAAGAAAACAGGGAGCCACAAUCCCUCUAAUGGGAUAGACCCCCCCCCAAGCCCGCUCCUUGUGUGUUUAGUUUGUCUGUGUGC